AUGACAAAGAUGUCCAAACUUCCGAAUGAUUUGUUGGAGGAGAUACUCUCUAGAAGUCCACUGUAUUCUAUGAGAGCAAUACGAUUGACUUGCAAAAAGUGGAACACUUUAGCCAAAGAAGAAAGCUUUACAAAGAAGCAACUCGUUCAAACAAAAGCUGCCAAGGAAUUUAUGGUGAUCAUGAUGAUGGAUUCUAAGUUUUGUUUAAUGAACAUCAAUCUCAACAAGGAAGAAGACGUUGAACCAUCUAUAAAGUGUAAUGGUAAAAUUAUUAACCCAAUCGGUAUGUGUCGAGUCUAUCAUUGCGGUGGUUUGGUAUGCAUCACAAAAAGCUUCAGUAACACUAGAGAUGUGGUUUGGAAUCCGUAUUUGGGGCAAACUCGGUGGAUCAAACCUAGAAGCCAUCACGCAUAUAUAUAUGCUAUUGGAUACGAGACGAAAAAAUCGUGCCGCAGCUACAAAAUUUUGAGUUCUGAACACAAUUAUAUAAAUAUUGAUGAUGAACGUGUUGACUACGAAAUCUAUGAGUUAGACUCUAAUUCAUGGAGGGCUCUUGAUGUCAAUUCCAAUUGGGCGACAGCCUUUUAUAAAAUGGAUGUCUCUGUGAAAGGAAAUUCUUAUACGUAUACUGAUUAUAGGGGUGACUUCUUGAUUUCUUUUGAUUUUACAACAGAGAGAUUUGGACCGACUCUGCCUCUGCCGUUCCACUCUCGUUGUGGAGAUAUUGUGGCUCUCUCUAGUGUUAGAGAAGAGAAACUUGCAGUGUUACUUCACCGCUGCAAUAUAUCAAGGAUGGAGAUAUGGAUUACUAACAAGAUUGAGCCCAACAAUGUGUCGUGGGGAAAGUUGUUCUUAACAGUGGACAUGAAACCACUCAUUAUUGAUGAUGGAAUUUUCUUCAUUGACGAGGAGAAGAAAGUAGUUGUGGUUUUUGAUAAGGACAAAGAGAUGAGAAACCGUAUCACAGCUUACAUCAUUGGAGAGAAUGGAUACUUCAGAAAAGUGGAUCUCGGAGAUUCUGAAAGUUUUCCUGUUAGGUGCUCUUAUGUACCAAGUUCAGUGGAAAUCAAGCAACUGGCAAAAGGCAAAAGCAACUAG